UGCGCUCUCGCAAAUGCUGGAAGCUCGCUGUGAAGAUUAAUUUGCUCUAUUGCGGCAACAAAACCCUGCUCUCAAAUGAAACUUUAUACCAAUAAUCAUUAAAGAUGGCCGGAGUGUGCAGUACGGAUCAGAACCUGGUUUAUUUUCCAACAACAUGGACUGCGAGAGAAUUAUUCAGAUGAUCAAGACGAGGAUUUCUUUGGUUGUAUUUCUGUGUGCAUUCGACUUUUUAAAAUUCUGUGAGUGUUGAGAAUUGAACAGUACCGUACAGACUACAGUGGACUCAUGAAUGAGUAACAAUGGCAAUGCAAUGAUCACAGCUCAGACAGGCCAAGGCAUCAUUCUCCCAACGCAACGCGAUGCCUACAUUAUCAUACAUGUAUGUAAUGGCCUGAACAUCAUGCUAUUGCAAAGAUUCACGAAUUCAUCGAGGCGAGGUCAUGAUAAUCCUAUUUUUUUCAUUUCAUUAUCAUCAGGACUUUUAUGCCUAUUUGAAUUAAACAUUACUUCCAAAGCCUGGUAAACUAUUUUGCCAGAUACCAGUGAACGAACAACACUGACUGAGCUGAGCUCUCUUUUUCCCCAUUUUUUUCUAAGAGCUCUCAAGUUUGAGACCUAGUCUGCUAUUGCAAUGAUGGCCACUGUUGACUUUGAAUCUGAAGACUACAAGAAAUGGAGGGGCUUGUUUGUAAAUGCUCUUCGAAAGGUGCAGCAGCAGGUCCACUCCACUCUACAGGCCGAUGAGGACUCCCUGGAAUACAUCGAGAGCCUCAUCAUCUGCCUCCUCAACAUGCUGUGCAGCGUCCAGCCCCACAACGUCCACGACAUCGAGGACAGGGUCCAGAAGACCUUCCCUCGCCCCAUCGACCAGUGGGCCAUCAACGACGCCCGGCUGGCUCUGGAGAAAGGGCGCAAGAAGGCACCCCUUGUCCUCCCGGUGGAUAAGAUCCACCAGCUCUUGAAGGAGGUACUUGGCUAUCGCGUCGAUUCGCAAGUCUCUCUAUAUCUAGUAGCAGUGCUGGAGUACAUCGCAGCAGAUAUUCUCAAGUUGGCAGGCAACUAUGUGAAGAAUAUCUGUCAUGGCAACAUCAGUCUACAAGACAUCAAGGUUGCCAUGUGUGCUGACAAGGUAUUGAUGGAGAUGUUCUGCCAGGAUGACGAUGACGCAACUGCAAUGUCAUCUCUGAGUCUGGAAGAUGAACAGGACAGCAGGACGGGGACGCUAACUUACGAUGAGAUCGUCAAGGACCUGAUCAUGGAGGAGACUCAGUAUGUCCGAGAUCUCAACCUCAUCAUCAAAGUCUUCAGGAAGAUAUUCGUUGAUGCACCACAACACUUUACAGAAGAAGACGUGGACGCCAUCUUUGGUAACAUCCUAGACAUCUAUCAGUUGACGGUAUCCUUCCUGGGUCUACUGGAAGACGCCAUGGAGAUGCUGGAUGAUAGUAACUCAUUCCUUGGUAUUGGAGAGUGCUUUGAAGAGAUGGCUGAGGCUGAAGAAUUUGAGGUGUAUAGUCCCUAUGCUGCACGGAUCCUGAGUGACGACUGUAGGAAUACGAUACAGAGACUUGUAGCAAAGCCAGAAGUAGCUGAAUACCUUCAAGAGCACAACAUUCGUGAUGCCGUAUCUUACGUCUUACCUAAGCUUCUACUAGAACCUAUCUACCACUGUAUACACUACUUUGACUCCUUGAAGUUAUUAUUAAAGACCUCACCUAAUGAGGAGGAACAAGAAAAAUUCAAACAAGCGUCCCAUCUUCUGAAGAGCUUGCAAGCAGAGCUAGACAGAAUAUGUGCCGGUCACUUGCCAAAAAGGAAGACGGGGAGGGAGUCGUCCUUGAGGUUUCACCGCAGGUUAGCGUCGAGACAGGUCUGCAUCCAGCGUAUGAACGAGAUCCAGAAGAACAUUGAAGGAUGGGAGGGGAGGGACAUCAGUGAGCUGUGUAACGAGUUCAUCAUGGAAGGCAAUGUCGGCAAGGUUCACACGGGCAAGAAUAAGAAGCCAAACACAGAGAGGCACAUAUUCCUGUUUGAUAGUAUGAUAGUAUGCUGCAAGGUGAACACAAGGCGGUCAGUCUCGAGCUCGUCGCCGGAGUACCGCUUCAAGGAGCGGUACUACCUCAGGAAGAUCAAGGUCGUUGAUAAGCACGAUGGUGACGAUGUGAAGAAUUCAUUUGAGAUUGAGGUCAAAGACUCGCCGCAAACGAUAGUUUUCUUUGCCAAGAGUGCAGAAGAAAAAACAAGUUGGAUGGAGGCAUUAAUAACUCUGUUACACAGAAGCACUCUGGAAAGAAUGUUGGAUACCAUCCUACAACAAGAAGAGGCUAGCCAGCCACUUCGGCUUCCAUCUCCAGAGGAGUACUGCUUUGUAGAGGAAGACUCACCAGACAACAUUGUCUUUGAGGAAGGUCAGAAGUCAAUGGCAGGGGUGCCUCUCAUCAAGGGAGGAACACUCCUAAAACUGAUCGAAAGACUGACCUAUCACAAGUACGCUGACCCGUCCUUCGUCCGAACCUUCCUGACCACCUACAGGUCAUUCUGCAAACCGCAGGAACUUCUCUCGCUGCUCUUCAAGAGGUUUGAGAUCCCGGACCCUCCGCCCACAGAAGAAGACCAAGCAGCUAUUGACAGAGGAGUGAGUGUGGUGAGAGAAGAUCUGAAGAGAUUCAGGAAAGAAUAUGCACAACCUAUACAACUCAGAGUACUGAAUGUGUUUAGGCACUGGGUUGACCAGCACUUCUAUGACUUUGAGAGAGACGAGGAGUUACUGCAAAGCUUGGAGAAGUUCAUUGAUGAUUCAGUAAGAGGGAAAGGAAUGAGGAAAUGGGUGGAGUCUAUCAAGAAAAUCAUCAUUAGGAGAGUGAGGUCCGAUGCUGAAGAGCAGAGGCAUAUACUUACCUUUGAGAGAGACCCUCCUCCCAUAGAACAUCAUAUAUCCAAGGCUCCUCAAGAUUUUGACAUUUUGACGCUUCAUCCAAUAGAGAUCGCAAGACAGCUGACGUUACUCGAGUCAGACCUUUACCGAGCCGUGACUCCGUCUGAACUGGUUGGAAGUGUCUGGACCAAGAAAGAUAAACACCUUACAUCACCAAAUCUACUCAAGAUGAUCCACCAUUCAAAUAUGUUCAUCUUAUGGUUAGAGAAGUGCAUUGUGGAGACAUCCAACCUUGAGGAGAGGACAGCAAUAGUAUCCAGGGUCAUAGAGAUUAUGAUGGUGUUCCAAGAGUACAACAACUUCAAUGGUGUACUGGAAAUCGUCAGUGCGUUCAACUCAUCUGCCAUCCAUAGACUGGAGCAUACCUUUAGGGACUUGAAAAAGAAGCAAUUUUUAGAAGAAGCCAAAGAACUAGGCACAGAUCACUACAAGAAAUAUCAAGAGAAACUCCGCUCCAUCAACCCACCCUGUGUGCCUUUCUUGGGAAUGUACCUAAGCAACAUCCUGUUCAUAGAGCAGGGCAACCCAGACUUCCUUUCCAACUGUCCCGAUGGCUUGAUCAACUUCAGCAAGAGGAGAAGGGUAGCUGAGAUCACCGGGGAGAUCCAGCAGUACCAGCAUCAACCAUACUGUCUAAAUUCUGAACCCGACAUCAGGAAAUUCUUCGAAGACUUGAAUCCUCUCGGCGACAUGACGGAGAAGGAGUUCCAGGACUAUCUCUACGAAGCAUCCCUGGAGAUUGAACCAAGAAACUGCAAGCAGCUGCCAAAAUUUCCCAAAAAGUUUGAGUACUCCCUGAAGUCGCCUGGUAUUAAACCCACCAGCAACAGACACAUGUCAUUAGUUGGACCGUCAAGACAGGUUAGUGAGCUCCGGUCGCCCGGGUUUCAGAGGAUGCAGGAUGAGGAGGCUACCUCCCCCAAAGCUAGUGCCACGCCCCCCUCUCCUAGGACACCAACCCUCAUAACACCGUCAUCCAUCUUUGACCACAGUGUCUUCAGCGUUGUGGAUAUUCCAAACAACUCCAACACCUCAUCUACAGCACCAGAGGAACCACCGGAAGUACCCCCUCCUUUACCGCCCCGAAGCCGUCUUAGUUCCACUCCGAAUCCUCGCACUCAGGAUCGCAUGCAUGACCUACCACCAUCGCUUCCUCCCCGAUUCAACCACGCCCCUCCGUUACCACCCAGACAUAAUGCUCAAUCCUCACAGACAAUGAACGGUGGUACACCGACUAUACCCCCUAGGACUUACCGUAACACCCUUCAACGCAAGGUGUCGAAUCCGUUGCCGAACAAGUCUUCCAUCGGGCCAUCCACCACCACGACGGCGACGACCAGGCCGCCCCCUCUCCCGCCACCAGUCACGCAUGGCCAUGAUUCAGACAUCUGGUUGCCAAGGACUCCUCAAACGCCGAAGAGCCACGCCUUCUUACUAUCGCAUAACUCCCCCAUGUCGUCAUUUCCAAUGAACAACACUGACCACAGCCAUAUGGGUUUCACGAAGCCGUUGAUGCCCCCGCCGCGACCUCGCGGUCCCCGAUUGACCGAACCGGACAGGCCACCCAGGACUCCUUCCAAGGAAAAUCAGUUGACACCGGAAGAUCUGAAAUUCUUUGAAAGCUCUUAUUAAAAGCAUGGGAGUGUGUGUGUGUGCGUUUUUUGUAAGAAGCAACUCAUCAGACUUGUCGAGGAAAUGGUUUGACACAUGCGGUGGCAGAUUGUUGACCCAAAGGCAAGAACAGUACUCGGACUUCAGCAUUGGUGCCUCCGUCUCAAAGGCGGGGUCGUUCGUAACAAAGGCUAGAGAGGAGAAACUCUCCCGUGAAACCUGCUUGUAUUGUAAUUGAAUAUCACCUCUUGUCCAAUGACUAUGCAUUGAAAUGUGUGAAUCAUGUAC